AUGCCACCUUUUGCGUGUAAGGCACAUGAGCUUUGCCCUGCAAAGCCAAGGGCGCUCUCCACUUUGGCACAGAUUGUACUCUGCCUUGAAGCUUUGAGCUUCCCUACAUUUCCCGAUGCCUUCUUCUUCCCACAGAGCGCCCGCGUUCCUUUUGGCCUUACGAUAUGGCAGCCUGUCGGCGAUGGGCGGUGCUUGCCCGACCUUCUGAGGUAUUGGCCAGAAGGAUCGGCUGAUAUCGGCUGCCAAGGCUGCAAGGGCACCUGUCCCUUGAAAUCCUUGGAGGGAGAAGCUCAAGUUGAAACUCCAGCAUGUGCUAACGGCGAACUUAUCAGAUGCGCUGCACGAUGUGUCCUUGCUGGCGGAGGCCACGAAGCGACUGAUAGGCACUCAGCGGCCCAUGGUGCUUCCGAUGCAGGUGCCAUGGCCCUGAAGCUGUUGGUCAGCAUACGUCCUCCAAAAACGGCCCGUUAA